CAAUGGAAAGUUUUGUAGUUUUGGACUAAAGCUGUACAUCUCUUUAAAUAAAAAAAAUUGUCCUAUAUAUAAAAGAAGCAGCUAGUAUGGUAUCAUUCAGUGUUUACUCUCGCUUUAGUGUUCACAGUGUGUUGUAAUUACAUAGCAGAAUGUGGUUGACGUCCAUAGCGUAUUUACAACUAAAGGUUUUGUUACCGUGCAUCGAUGUUUUGUCAAGAAUGUUUCUUUUAGUAUCUUCCCUUCUACUCCAGACUCAAGAAUAUACACAGGCAAACGUCUCUGAUGGCGAUAGUUUCGAUUUUAUAGUGGUGGGCGCGGGGUCCGCUGGCUGCGUGCUGGCUAAUCGUCUCACUGAGGUUGGCAACUGGUCUGUGUUGCUGAUCGAAGCUGGAGAAGACCCGCCCCCUAUUUCUGAUAGUCCCGGAUUAUCAGUGUUGAUGCCUACCUUCCUACCGGACUGGGAUUAUCACACAGUGGACGAUGGUUACUCUAGCCAGGCGCAAAGUACCGGAAACAUUCAUAUGAUUAGAGGGAAAAUGUUAGGAGGAUCCAGUGGUCUCCAUUACAUGUACUAUGUUAGGGGAAAUAGAGCUGAUUAUGAGGAAUGGACGCGAUUAGGUAACCCAGGAUGGGACUGGGAAAAUGUGACACAUUAUUUCAAAAAGAGUGAACACUUAUUAGAUCCUGUUAUUCUAAAUAGUACAACGGCAUAUCUGCAUGGAAAAGACGGUUAUAUGCAUGUUAUCCGACCGGUUUGGAAAGGCAGACCUGAAAGAUAUUUGGAAGCUUUCGAAGAAAUAGGUAACAAGGUUUACCUCGACACAAACGGUAUUGAACAAAACGGAUUUUCGUAUCCAACGUUUACGAUCGGUGAUAACUUAAGACAAAGUACAGCGGUCGCUUUUCUAAAACCUAUCUUGGAUAGAAACAAUUUACACUUAUUAAAGAACGCGUUAGCCAGAAAAUUAAUUUUUGAUAAUGAUAAAAAUGUCGUCGGAGUAGAAGUAAAAUUAUCAAGUAAUAAAAUUAUAACCGUUAAAGCAAAUAAAGAAGUAAUUUUAUCAGCAGGUGCUGUAAACAGCCCGCAACUAUUAAUGCUCUCUGGAAUAGGACCAAAAGAUCAUUUAGAUAAAAUUGGAAUUGAAACAUUAGUAGAUUCACCUAAGGUUGGAAAAAAUAUGCAAGAUCAUCCGUUAGUUCCUGUAUUGUUAAAUGGGGAGAAAGAUUUACGCUCAUUUAUUGAGAUAGUGAACGUCUUUAGAAAUUUAGACAAGUUUCCAGUGGCGAGUUUGAUCGGACACGUCGCUUUGGACAAAUCGCAAACGUAUCCAGAUUACCAAGCGACAGUUUUUCCUCAACAUAGAGGAUCUAUAUUGCCUCUAUUUAUGUGCAAAAACGUUUUCCAAUGGAACGAUAAAGUAUGUACGGCUAUGGGAAAAGCUGUUUUAAGACAAGAAGUAGCAUUUGCUGUGUUAACUUUAUUGCAUCCGGCGUCAAAAGGUAAAAUUGAAUUGAAAAGUCGCAAUCCUGAAGAUUCACCUCUAAUACAUUCUGGUUUUUUUUCUGAUGUAAACGAUAUUGAUAAAUUUGCAAGAUGUGUCGAAGAUUAUACUAAAGUAUUAAAUUCGUCGUAUCAUCGAAGUUGUGCGGCGGAAGUUGUGGAUUUGAAUCUCGAUGAAUGCGCUGAAUUACCGUUUGGAAGUCAUGAAUACUGGAAAUGUUAUGUUUUAAAUCUGUCAGGUACACAGUUUCAUCCGGUAGGUACUUGCGCGAUGGGAUCUGAUGGGGUUGUGGAUGAAAGGUUAAGAGUAAAGGGUGUAAAGGGGCUACGUGUAGUAGACGCCAGUGUGAUGCCAAUUAUUACUAGCGGAAAUACAAAUGCCCCCAUCGUGAUGAUAGCAGAGAAAGCAGCUGAUAUGAUUAAAGCAGAUAAUGGUUGUUAACAAAGAAGCAAUGUAAUAGUAAAUAAAUAAUUUGACACUC